AUGGCAGAAAAGCGCUCAAAUGAUUCAUUUGAGGGAAAAAUAUUUGACCAACAUCCAAAUCGUCAAUUACCAGUUUGGCCACCGCAGAGGUUGGCAUGCCAUCGUGGUAGUACUGGUGCCUUGCAGCGUCUCGACCUUGAGCUUCGAUUAACAUUGGGGUGCCUUUAUGCUAGACUUGGCCCGGAAGGUUUUCUACACUGCCUUCUAGACGGCAAACUUGAUUAUUCGGACGAGGUGAUCGCAACCGUGCCUUUAUAUAUAUAG